GAUGCACAGGAGGAGGGGCGGGGGUGUCUGGCACGGAUGUGGGAAGCAGCCACUGCCCCUCUGUGCCCCUCGGCAGGGUGAGGCAGUGUCUCUGUGCUGCCGCUCGCCCCCUGCCAGGCCCGGCCUCCUGCCUUCCUGCUGGUCUCUGGCGAAGGGCUUUUGCUGCUGUCUGUCCAUGUGUGUGUGCCCGAGCCUUUCCCGCCUCCCCCGCCUUUCCCUCGGCUGCACAGGGGUCUCUAAGCCUCCGCGAGUUCCUAAAGGCGUGCGCCACGGGCAGCGGGGCCCCUGCCCGGAGGAGGGUGUCAUUGCUGGGCGGACUCGAACUCCUGAGGGUUUCUCUCCGAAAAGCUGAUUCCCACUCCAGGACGAAGCGGGAAAGAGAGGACUGGAGACGACGCUUCUCGGGGCAUGGGGGCCAGCGGGGGUGGCCGGCCCGAGCGGGGGCAGCGCCGAGCCUGCCGGGCAGUGCUUUUCUUCCUUCCUUCCUCCCGGAGAACAGGGCUCACUUAUUUCGGACCGAGUCCCUGAGCGGUGCUAACCGUUCACCCACACAUUUUUAUUUUUUUCCCCCUCCCUCUCUUUGCCUCGGUAAUGACGUCCACCAAGGGUGAAAUGAUGGAAAGUAUAUUCAUAGGCAUGAUUUCCAUUAAAUAUCAAUUAACCUGGAGCCUCAGCCAUGCGUGCACGGCGUCAAGGGUAAAUGUGCAUCUCAUUUCCCAGCGAUCGGCUCGCCUGGAAGGAAAUGACCCGGAGGGCCCGUUGGCAAGGGGGCCCGGCCGCUGCACACUGCCGCCCUACGGGCACCCCACUGCUCUCGCCUACACCCUGGAGUCCCUGCGAUGGGCAUCGGCUCCCUCUGAGGGGCUCUGCCCUUGCCGGCCGGCGAUGCAGGCCGCGCUCUGGGCAGUGAAGCCUGGGUGAGCCGGGCGGUGUCGCCCCGGGCAGCGCGCCCGCGGUUAUCGCGCGGGAUCUGCGCGGCCGCCUCGCCCCUGCACGGCGGGGGUUUCAGCAACUCCUGGCGAGCGCACACCGGAGGGGGGGAGCGGGGGUGCCGAGGACGGGGUGGAUCUGGGCAGGGCUGGGCCGGGUUUUUUUCUUGCCCGAGGAGCGGCACAUGUAAACUGAAGCCAAAAGUCCCCCCUGAGCUCAUGAGCGUGUGUGUGUGUGUGUGUGCGUGCGUGCGCGGGCUGCUGUGUGCCUAAUAGGAAAUAGUAAAAGCAGUGAGGCAGGUCAUUUUGGGAGCGAUUAUAAUCCAGUCCUGGUCACCACAUACACAGAGAGCAGGAGCGGGGAGCGCACGGGCCAGCGACGGCGGCGGCGGCAUGAGCGCGGCGUAGAAGCACCGGCGGCGGCGGCGACGGCGGCGGCGGCGGCGUGAGCAGCGCCCCGUGCCCCCGCCCGCCGCUGCCCCCUCCCCGAUGAGCUCCUACUUUGUCAACCCGCUGUACUCCAAGUACAAGGUGGCGGCGGCCGCGGCGGCGGCGGCGGGGGAGGCCAUCAAUUCCCCGUACUACGACUGUCACUUCGCACCCGAGGUGAGCGGCCGACACGCCGCCGCCGCCGCCGCCGCUGCCGCCGCCGCUCUGCUCUACGGGAACGGCGCGGCCGCCGCCGGCUUCCCGCACCCCGCGCCCGGCGGGGCGGGGGGCGGCGGCGGCGCGGCCGCGGACUUUUACCACCCGGCCGGGGGGAGCCCCACGGCCGCCUACCAGCCACCUCCUCCUCCCCCCGCCGCGCCUCCGCCUCCUGCCCCCUGCAGCGGGGUUACCUGUCACGGGGAGCCCGCUAAAUUUUACGGAUACGAUAACUUACAGAGACAGCAGAUUUUUACGACACAGCAAGAGGCCGAGCUGGUACAAUAUCCUGACUGUAAAUCGUCCAGUGCUAAUAUUGGCGAGGAACCAGACCACUUAAAUCAGAGCUCGUCUCCUGCUCAAAUGUUUCCCUGGAUGAGACCGCAAGCAGCGCCGGGUAGGAGGAGAGGAAGACAAACAUACAGCCGAUUCCAGACUCUAGAGCUGGAAAAGGAAUUCCUAUUUAACCCCUAUCUGACCAGGAAGAGAAGGAUCGAGGUGUCCCACGCACUAGGACUCACCGAGAGGCAGGUAAAAAUCUGGUUUCAGAACAGGAGGAUGAAAUGGAAAAAAGAGAACAACAAGGACAAAUUCCCCGCUUCCAGACAGGAGGGAAAGGAAGGGGAGGCCAAAAAGGAAGCACAUGAUCUGGAAGAAGACAGAGCUGAAGGCCAGACGAAUUAAUUUUUGCCCCAAAAGUCUUCGUGAAAGUCAAUCAAAAAUAACCAGGGCUAAAGCCCGAGAUCUUGGCUCAUCUACCCCUGUACGUGAUCUUGUCCUGGGACGAGUGACCCCAUGUCCCUCCGUUUGACAUUUCCCUGCUUCGGGCGCUUCACUUGUUUGUGCUUUUAUUUUGUUUAUAAGCGUAUCCAGAAUGAUCUCUAGAUUUAACAUUUCAUCUACUUAUUUUUUUCAAAUUUGAUACAGAGUUUGUAGCAAUAAAUUUCUAAUGAUAUAUAAAUAUAUAUAUAUUUGCAAUCUUAAAAGACGGUGAUUGUGGGAAACGACAUAAACUUCCUAAUAAUAGAUAUCAAUAAGCAAGACAUUUAACAACGCUUUAUUAAUCAAGACAAGUGCACUUGUACUAUUUUAAUUCUUGUUCUUAUCUUGUGGUGAAUAAAUUAAAUAAAUUUAAUAAUCUUGAAGAAAAUAUCUUAGAAAUAUAUUUAACCUUCUUUUAUAAUAUUUGAUUAAAAUA